GGGCCCUCCCCCUCCCGGCCCCCUCCCUUCCUCUCGCCGUCUCACAGUCGCUCUGCAGCCUCCGGCGACUGGGGGGAUGUGAGGCCGGCGCCCCAGCCCCCCGCCCCGCCAUGAGCCCCCCGCUCUGAGGGCCCCGGCCCCUGGAUGCACAGCCCCGGUGCGGGCUGCCCCAGGCCCCGUGCAGACACGCCAGGCCCUCAGCCCGAGCCCAUGGACCUGCGGGUGGGCCAGCGGCCCACGGUGGAGCCCCCACCGGAGCCCACGCUGCUGGCCCUGCAGCACCCCCCGCGUCUGCACCACCACCUCUUCCUGACAGGCCUGCAGCCGCAGCGCUCGGCGGAGCCCAUGAGGCUCUCAAUGGAUGCGCCGAUGCCCGAGUUGCAGGUGGGGCAGCAGGAGCAGGAGCUGCGGCAGCUUCUCCAUAAGGACAAGAGCAAGCGAAGUGCCGUGGCCAGCAGUGUGGUCAAGCAGAAGCUGGCGGAGGUGAUUUUGAAGAAACAGCAGGCAGCCUUAGAGAGAACAGUCCAUCCCAAUAGCCCCAGCAUCCCCUACAGAACUCUUGAGCCCUUGGAGACGGAAGGUGCCGCCCGCUCCAUGCUCAGCAGCUUUCUGCCUCCCGUUCCCAGCCUGCCCAGUGACCCCCCAGAACACUUCCCUCUGCGUAAGACAGUCUCGGAGCCCAACCUGAAGCUGCGCUACAAGCCCAAGAAGUCACUGGAGCGGAGGAAGAAUCCGCUGCUCAGAAAGGAGAGCGCCCCGCCCAGUCUCCGGCGCCGGCCUGCAGAGACCCUCGGUGACUCCUCCCCGAGUAGCAGCAGCACGCCAGCCUCGGGGUGCAGCUCCCCCAAUGACAGCGAGCAUGGCCCCGGCCCCGGCCUGGGCACAGAGGCGCUCUUGGGCCAGCGGCUGCGGCUGCAGGAGACCUCUGUGGCCCCGUUCGCCUUGCCGACAGUGUCCUUGCUGCCCGCAAUCACGCUGGGGCUGCCCGCCCCUGCCAGGGCGGAUGGUGACCACAGGACCCAUCUAACUCUGGGCCCUCGGGGGCCAGUCCUGGGGAGCCCCCAUGCUCCCCUCUUCCUGCCCCAUGGCCUGGAGCCUGAGGCUGGGGGCCCCUUGCCCUCUCGCCUGCAGCCCAUUCUCCUCCUGGAUCCCUCAGCCCCUCACGCACCCCUGCUGACUGUGCCCGGGCUUGGGCCCCUGCCCUUCCACUUUGCCCAGUCCUUCCUGACCACCGAACGGCUCUCCGGGUCAGGCCUCCACAGGCCGCUGAGCCGGACCCGCUCAGAGCCCCUGCCCCCAAGCGCCACCGCCCCCCCACCGCUGGGCCCCCUGCAGCCCCGCCUGGAGCGACUCAAACCUCACAUCCAGCUGACCAAGAGGCCAGCCAAGAGUGAGAAGCCCCGACUGCGGCAGAUUCCCUCGGCUGAGGACCUAGAGACGGAUGGUGGGGGAGUGGGGCCGGUGGGGGAUGACGGCCUGGAACACAGGGAGUCGAGCCAUGGGCACCAUGAGGCCAGGGGCCCUGUUCCUCUCCAGCAGCACCAACAGGUGUUCCUCUGGGACCAUCAGCGACUGGCUGGGCGGCUCCCCCGGGGCAGCACUGGGGACUCUGUGCUGCUUCCCCUGGCCCAGGGCAGUCACCGGCCCCUGUCCAGGGCUCAGUCGUCCCCAGCUGCGCCUGCCUCACUGCCAACCCCAGAGCCUGCCAGCCAGGCCCGCGUCCUGCCCAGCUCAGAGACCCCCGCCAGGACCCUGCCCUUCACCACAGGGCUGGUCUAUGACUCCGUAAUGCUGAAGCACCAGUGUUCCUGCGGAGACAACAGCAGGCACCCAGAGCAUGCUGGCCGCAUCCAGAGCAUCUGGUCCCGGCUGCAGGAGCGGGGGCUGCGGAGCCAGUGUGAGUGUCUCCGGGGCCGGAAGGCCUCCCUGGAGGAGCUGCAGUCUGUGCAUUCCGAGCGGCAUGUGCUCCUCUAUGGCACCAACCCGCUCAGCCGCCUCAAACUGGACAACGGGAAGCUGGCAGGGCUCCUGGCACAGCGGAUGUUUGUGAUGCUCCCCUGUGGUGGGGUUGGGGUGGAUACUGACACCAUCUGGAAUGAGCUGCACUCCUCCAAUGCAGCCCGCUGGGCCGCCGGCAGCGUCACUGACCUUGCCUUCAAAGUGGCUUCCCGCGAACUAAAGAACGGUUUUGCUGUGGUUCGGCCUCCAGGACACCAUGCAGACCAUUCCACUGCCAUGGGCUUCUGCUUCUUCAACUCAGUGGCCAUCGCCUGCCGACAGCUGCAACAACAGGGCAAGGCCAGCAAGAUCCUCAUUGUGGACUGGGAUGUUCACCACGGCAACGGCACCCAGCAAACCUUCUACCAGGACCCCAGCGUACUCUACAUCUCCCUGCAUCGCCAUGACGAUGGCAACUUCUUCCCAGGCAGUGGGGCUGUGGAUGAGGUGGGAGCUGGCAGCGGUGAGGGCUUCAAUGUCAACGUGGCCUGGGCCGGAGGUCUGGACCCCCCAAUGGGGGAUCCUGAGUACCUGGCCGCCUUCAGGAUCGUCGUGAUGCCUGUUGCCCGAGAGUUCUCUCCAGACCUGGUCCUGGUGUCAGCUGGGUUUGAUGCUGCCGAGGGUCACCCCGCCCCGCUGGGUGGCUACCAUGUUUCCGCCAAAUGUUUUGGGUACAUGACGCAGCAGCUGAUGAGCUUGGCAGGAGGUGCCGUGGUGCUGGCCUUGGAGGGCGGCCAUGACCUCACCGCCAUCUGUGACGCCUCCGAGGCCUGUGUGGCUGCUCUUCUGGGCAACAAGGUGGAUCCCCUCUCAGAAGAAGGCUGGAAACAGAAACCCAACCUCAACGCCAUCCGUUCUCUGGAAGCUGUGAUCCGGGUGCACAGUAAAUACUGGGGCUGCAUGCAGCGCCUGGCCUCCUGUCCCGACUCCUGGGUGCCCAGGCUGCCAGGAGCCGAUGCAGAAGAAGUGGAGGCAGUGACCGCACUGGCAUCCCUCUCUGUGGGCAUCCUGGCUGAAGAGAGGCCCUCAGAGCAGCUGGUGGAGGAGGAAGAACCUAUGAAUCUCUAAGGCCUCGGAACGGAUCUGCCUGCCCACUCUGCCCUUUGGACCUGGUUCUCUGCUAACCUCUGGCAACAGUGCUCAUUCCCAGGGUCUUCAGAGAUCCUUCGGGCAGGUAGUUGGGGCCAGAGAACAGCCCCUUGGCAGUCACCCCAAGGAGCCUCUCCUGAGAAGGCCCUGGGUCUAGGAUAGGGACCAAAGAGGACCCCGAGAGGAGGCAGGCCGGGCAGCCAGCCAGGCCCCAGUAGGGCUCGCCCAAGAACAGAGUCGACCCAUCUGGGGUCCAGGCUCCUGGCUGGGCCCCCAUUCCUCAGGACUGCGCAGAGGAGGACUGGCCCAGUCGGGCCCACCCAUAACCACUAUUCUUGGCUCUGUAGACCCCGGUCUUUGCACACAGCCCCAGGCUCCACACAGAAAUGUGAACAUGGCCUCAGCCAGGGUGGCCCUUCUUAGGAUCUGAGGGCUGCACUGGGUUGGGGGGAGUCCCUCCUCUCGCCCACUUCCUCAGAUGACUCUGGAAGCUUCCCCCCACCACCACUGGGCAGUGAGACAAAGCUCCCUCCGAGAGCAGUCAUGGGCAGCCAGGCCUCCUGUCUGGUCCCUGCUCCUGCCACAGGCCACCCUCCGUCGACCAUCUCAGUGCCCUGGGGCAGCGAACAGGUGCUCUUGGAGCUCUGUGCUUCCUGAUCCGAUGGUGCCAAACCCUUCAUCUCCCCUCAGAAGCACAGCACGACCCCAGGGAUCCCUCGGUCACUGCCCCCGCCAUGAGCCUUCUUUAUUUUUGGGGCCCCCCCACCCACGCUCUGACUCUUGCCCCACAUAGGACUAGCUUGGCUGAGAGCUAAGGGGGUGGGAGAGUGGUUGCAAGACAUGGGGGAGGGGAGGCCGCCCUGACAAAGUCUUCAAGGCUUCUGGGGUCCAGGCCUGGGGCCAAGAAGGAAAGUAUUUGUGUGUGUGAGAGAGAGAGAGUGUGUGUGCGAGCGUGCGCGUCUUCCCCAGGACCACCAUACCCUGUGUAUGUAUGCAUGUUUUUGUAAAAAAGGAAAAAAACAGAAAAAAAAUCUGAACAAUAAAUGUUUUAUUUGCUUUAAA